AUGAGUAGUGACAAGCCGUGCCAGCCAAAGAUACCACCACCGUGUCAACGUAAAUGUAACGUCCAAGCAGAAGAAGCAGAAGAAGAAGACAAGAAAGAAGAGCCUGUAAAGUGUGUUGAGAUGUGGCAUCCUGGUUUUGAUGCUCGUUUUUCAAACCAGAAUCAAACCAGGAGAUGCUGGGCAAACUACAUCGACUACAUUCGGUGCACAAACAAGUUUGGUGAAGAUCAUGAACCGUGUGAAUAUUUCAAGAAGGCCUACCAGUAUCUGUGUCCAUCAGUUUGGUAUAACGCCUGGGAUGAACAGAGGGAAAAUGGCACCUUCCCAAUGCCACCUUGGGUUUGA